CCUCCACAUACAUCAAUGGCGACUCCCUCUUUUGCUUACACCUUCCUUUUCAUAUUCUUAUGCCUUGUUUCAGUGAAGCUCUCCACCUCAUCGGAGAACCAGGAGACCUUUAUCGUCUUCACGUCGAAAUCCAAGAAGCCCCAUCUUUUCUCCACCCAUAAUGACUGGUAUUCCUCCAUCAUCGACCGCCUUUCUCCUCUCUCUCACCACCCAUCUCAGCUCUUGUACACCUAUGACCGCGUCGCUCACGGCUUUUCCGCUCGCCUGACGCCUUCCCAAGCGUCUGAACUGCGAAACAUCCCCGGCGUGAUCUCCGUCCUGCCGGAUCAAGCCCGCCAGCUCCACACCACCCACUCCCCUGAGUUUUUAGGCUUAACUGAAUCGUCUGGCCUCUGGCCAAGCUCUGAUUAUGGAGAUGAUGUUAUAGUGGGGGUUCUCGACUCUGGAAUCUGGCCGGAGAGGCCCAGCUUCUCCGACAAGGGUCUAUCCCCCGUUCCCUCCAGCUGGAAGGGCAAGUGCGAGAAUAGUGCAGACUUUCCGGACACUUUGUGUAAUCGGAAAAUCAUCGGCGCUCGUGCUUUCUACAAAGGCUACGAAGCUUUUACGGGAAGUCCGAUAAAUGAAUCGGUAGAACCGAAAUCUCCGAGAGAUAGGAAUGGCCAUGGAACGCAUACGGCCUCAAUCGCCGCCGGCUCCAUUGUUGCCAACGCGAGCCUUUUUGGAUACGCGCAAGGGGAAGCUAGAGGCAUGGCGAUAAAAGCCAGAAUAGCGGUUUACAAAAUCUGUUGGAGCUUAGGCUGUUACGAUUCCGAUAUCCUAUCUGCCUUCGAUCAAGCUGUAAAAGAUGGCGUCCACGUGAUUUCGCUUUCCGUUGCCAUCCCCAGAGCCUACCCGGAGGAUUACUACCGUGACAGCACUGCAAUCGGAGCUUUUGGAGCAAUGGAGCACGGCGUUGUCGUCUCCACCGUCGCCGGAAAUACCGGUCCCGGUGCAAGGACUGCCACCAAUGUCGCGCCAUGGAUUCUAACGGUUGGUGCUUCCACCAUUGAUCGGACAUUCCCGGCUGACGUGGUGUUAGGAGAUGGCAGGAUCUUCACUGGCAUGUCCUUGUACUCCGGUGAACCGCUCGGCGACAACAAACUUCCGCUGGUCUACGGUGGCGAUGCCAACAGCACUUACUGUUACUCCGGAGAACUCAUCGCUUCCAAAGUCACCGGAAAGAUCGUGUUCUGUGAGCGCGGAGGCAAUCUCGACGUUGAUAAAGGAUUUGCUGUAAGAGAAGCCGGCGGCGUUGGAAUGAUCGUUGAUGGGACGGCUGGAACUGGUGAACUCAUUUAUGCAAGCGCACAUGUGAUUCCGGCGACAAACGUCGACGAAAUGGACGGAAACAAAAUCAAAGAAUAUAUAAACUCGGCCCCGUCCCCAACCGCCGCAAUUGUAUUCAGGGGAACAGUAAUCGGAACCUCGCCGUCGGCGCCCCGCGUAGCGUCUUUCUCAAGCCGAGGCCCGAAUCCCUUACAAUUUGAAAUUUUAAAACCUGACGUGAUCGCUCCCGGAGUUAACAUCUUAGCGGGUUGGUCCGGCGCGAUUGGCCCGUCGGGAUCGGUGAUGGACCAAAGACGGGUAGAAUUUAACAUCAUCUCCGGCACGUCCAUGGCGUGUCCCCACGUCAGCGGCUUGGCUGCCCUGCUUAGAAAAGCUCAUCCAACAUGGAGCCCCGCCGCCAUCAAAUCCGCACUCAUGACAACUGCCUACACCAUCGACAAUGCCGGAAACAAUUUAAUCGAUCAAGCCACCGGCAAUCAAUCCAACCCGUUUAUUCACGGAGCCGGCCAUGUUGACCCGAAUAGAGCGCUUGAUCCGGGUUUGGUUUACGAUCUGGGAGUGAGUGAUUACGUGGCCUUAUUAUGUACCAUUGCAUACAACAUGGAUGAAUUAUCCGUGUUCGUAAAGGAUCCGUCCACAGUAAAUUGCAGCGAGCAGAAUCUGGGCACACCCGGGUCUCUAAACUACCCAGCAUUUUCACUUGAUUUUUUAUAUAAAAAUCAGGUAAAAUACAAGAGAUCGGUUAAAAAUGUCGGGAGUGAAAAACGGGCUGUUUAUGAGGUCAAAGUGAAUGCUCCCUUAGGAGUACAGGUAAGCGUAUCACCAACCAAAUUAGUGUUUAAUGAGACGACUGAUAUGUUAUCGUACGAAAUAACUUUUACAAAUGCUCAGCCGGCGAGAUUUCUUAACUCAUAUGGGUCAAUUGCUUGGGAAGAUGGGGUGCACAUUGUUAAAAGCCCAAUAGCUGUUCUUUAGCUAAAUGAAGCUCGAUCUGCACUUUAAAUGUAUGAACAAAUGGGGCUAGUAUAACCCAUGUAUUGAAAUAAAUCCACUAUACAAAUUAUUGUGGACUAUCUAUUAAUAAAUAAUAGGCCUAGUAUAACCCAUGUAUUGAAAUAAAUUCACUAUACAAAUUAUUGUGAACUAUCUAUUAAUAAAUAAUGAUGAUUAUGCAUGGUA